AGGCGGGCGAAUCUCCGCCCAAGGAACAACCUGCUGAAGAAGGCGCGGAAGAGAAGGAGGAGGACAUUUCGGUGCAGGUGUAAAAGCUAGCCGAAGCGGCCAAAACGGAUAAGAAAAAGUUCCGGUUCGAGUCGAUGGACACCGGCGCGAAGAACAUCUGCUACAUCACGACGGUGCUGGAAGAUCCGACCGAGCUGGCGCUCAAGAUCCUGCAGGACGCGGCCGGAACCAAGGAUCAAAAAAGCCGCUACAUUAUGAAGCCAGUGCCGAUCGAAGUGGUCAACAAGGCCAACCUGAAGGACAUCAUGGACGGCGCCGGCAAGCUGUUCGAUCGGGACUUUCUGAAGGAACCGAAAAUGUUCGCGAUCACCUCCAACCGGCUGUUCAACAACGAACUGGAGCGCGAGAGCAUGAUCAACGCGCUCGCCGAAAUGAUCAGCGCCAAAAACCGGGGUAACAAGACCAACCUGAAGCAUCCGGAGCUGGCGGUGAUCGUCGAAGUAAUCAAAGGGCUGACGAUGAUAAGCGUCGUGCCGGAGAUUUCCGAGCUGCGAAUGUACAACCUGAUCUAGAUUUGCACCCGGUAGGACAAAGACGCCAAGUCGCAGGAAUUGACUGAGUCGGCGGAGCAGAACAGGAAGGAGUCUGGUAAGAAGGUGGCUGUUGAAAAGGGGGAGGUAAAGGAUGAAGAGAAGAGAAAUACAGCAAAGGACGAGGAUGA